AUGGCUAAUGGUAGUAGAAACCAGGACUCUGUUCCUAAACCCUCGCCAUGGCCAGCUUUAGGGCUUGAAGUAGAGCCUUCCAGCAGAACCACAAACUCCAGUUCCUGCAGCCUGGCCGUGUCCGCCUUUGUAGCCGGGGCUGUAAGAACGACUCGCCUUGAAGGAAUUCUUCAGGCCCCAAAGCUGGAAGUUGCAGAGAGGGUUUUCCGGCCCCCGGCGGCGGCCGGGCUGCCGCUGGCCCCCGGCCCGCAGCAGGAGGUGCUGGCGGCCGCCCUGCAGCGGCUGCGGGAGGUCUUCGACAUCGAGGAGCUGCCGCCCGACGUGCUGCCCCGCAAGAAGCCGCCCCAGUUCAUGGUGGACCUCUUCAACAAGGUGGCGGACGCCAACGGCAUCACCCGCGCCCCCGGGCUGCUGCAGGGCAACGUGGUGCGGAGCUUCGAGGACCGAGUUCGCGUAGAUGAGUAUCACUUUUACUUCGACAUUAGCGCGAUUGAGAAAGGCGAACAGAUGCUGAAAGCCGAAUUCCGAGUUUUCAAGCUGAAGAAGAAAGCCGGGGUUAGGAGAUCUGAUUUGCAACACUUUUGCAAAGUGGAAGUGUAUGAACUCUUGGAGGGUGGAAGCAAGCCACAGAAAAAACACCUUAUCGCAUCAAGAUUAUUGUCCUUGUAUGCAGAGGGCUGGGAAGUGUUCAAUGUCACACAGACGGUUUCCAAAUGGGUUGGAAACAGCAGCUCCAACUAUGGCUUUUUGAUAACUACAACACAUGUAUUCAACAACAGAAUUGAACACAACCUGGUGAAGUUUGCUAAGAGCCAGGGAACUCUGCAGGAGAGUAGGAAUGCUCUUCUUGUCCUCUUCACAAACAGUCACAAACGGAGGUCUUCCAGCUUUGUACCCUCUUCCACAAAAACAGAGCUGAACCCUGCCAGAAAUAGUGCUUUGUUACGUGUGCCUCGCCAAACUCAUACCAGUGAGAAAAGCAGUACAAGCAUGAGCAGGAGACCUCGGGCUGCUGCAUUGCCUUCCACCAAAAGCCAGAUAGCAGCAUGUCACCGAAGGGAACUCUACGUUGACUUCCGUGCUAUUGGCUGGUCAGGAUGGAUUAUUUACCCAAGUGGAUACAAUGCAUUUUAUUGCAGAGGAACCUGUCUGUUUCCCUUAGGGGAAAGUCAAAACGCAACCAACCAUGCCACAGUGCAGUCCAUAGUCCAUACACUUAAGCUAUCUCAAGAUAUUAGCACACCCUGCUGUGUGCCAGAUGAAUUGAAGUCCCUCAAUCUUCUCUACUUUGAUGACAAAGAGAAUGUGGUCCUCAAAAAUUAUAAAGACAUGGUGGCAACAAGGUGUGGAUGUCAUUAGCAGGAUGUCCUUUUUUUAUGUCUGCAUUUGACAUGUACCUGGAUUGAGUACACCAUUUGCUGUUGAAGAUAAAGAGGGAAAUGGCAUUUCAGAUUAUGGAGCAGGAGAGCCAGAAGCUCAGCUGUGCUUCAGAUCCUUUUACUGCCACUGUGGCCAUGUGAAAGAGAUAUAAGGCUGGCUUUCAAAGAGCCAUAGGCCUCUAGCGGGUGUGCUGAACCUGCAUGGAAAGCAGUUUGACUGCCUAGGAGCCAGGGGACGCCAUGAGAAAAUGGAAAUUAUUAAGAAUCCAAACACAUUAAGUGAAUAUUUAAAUUAAGGUUUUGUUUAAUUAUAUCAACACAUCUCAACAGGCAUCUCCUUCUGCCUUAAGCCAAGACAGGAGUGCAAGCCAAGACCGAGAGGUCUCUCAGUAAUAGAACCUUAUUCAGCUUUGGCUGCAUGAUCCAAUGGGGUUAUAUACUCUUACACAGAGCUUUGAGGAUGAGUGUUUGCACAGAGCUCUGGUCAGAGGCUUCUUCCAUCUGAAACUUACGCUUUUGCCAGAAACACGCUUCGUUCCACUUUUUUUAUCUGCAGUCUUACCAAAUACAGAGGGACUUACUCCCUUUAAGUACAUGUGGGACUUCCUGAUCACUAAGAAAUCCAAGGGAACACACAACUAGUAGCUAUCUGGGAAUCAGGAAACCUGACUUCUGAAGGUCCUUCUGUGUGAUGAAGGGCCAACCAGUCCCCCUCCUUGUAUUCAUUUUCUUCCACCAUGCUUUGCUGUGGUUGUUCAGUUGUCCGUGGGACAGCAGAGUCUAUCCUUCAGUGUGUAUUUGUACAGUGGGAUCCUCAGCUUGGCUUGGAACUCAUAUAGUAUAGAAGGAGGAAGAAAAAGAGCAAACUUUGGAGGUCCGUGAGAACAUACUGGAUGCUGCCCUGGUCCUGUAUCUAAGGAAAGUUUGAUGGGAGAUACUCACUGAUACUUCCCUUUCAUUGUUCCUUGACACAUAGGACGCAGGCAUGGCAGGGAAUCCCUCAGCUCUUCAUGUCCUACUACAUUUUAAUGCAGGCAACCAGCCCAUAGCAGUUUCUCAGUCAACUCACUGAGCUGUAACUUAAGCUGUAACUUUCUUGCCUCCAUUGCUCAUUGAAGGAGGCUGACACCUGACAGAACGUGACACCUCACAUGGGUAGAAACUUCAUGGAGAAUUUUUUACUCCAAGGAGAUGAAAAAGGACCAGAAAAAUAUUUAUGUAAAUGUUUUUCUGUAAAU